CCUAUUUACAUUUAUUCUACCUACACUAAUCCUAAGCUCAUUCAUCUCAAACGAGGCAGAAACUCUUCGACUUUGAUAUCAUUCUGGAGCUUUGAAGCUUUCAAUUUCGAGCGAUCGUGAUGGGGAUUCGGAGUAAGGAUCCGUCUGAGGAGAUCGAUAUUCUUGGGGAUGACGGGAAUUUGACUAAUUGAGUAAAGGCAGGGCAACGAACGGUAGCAGGUAGGGGUGGGCAUUGGUAGCAGGGAAUGAUUUCGUCGCCGUCGUAGGGAAAAGAACAAGCAACGGAAGGUAAAGCUUCGAUCUUUCCAAUUAUACGAAGCCGUUUGAUGAGUGCGUCGUGGACUCAUGGCAUCGUAUAAAUUGCACAAACGAUGCCGUUCUGUUUGGUUAGAAAAGUUGAAGUCAGCUCUCCUCUGCCUUCCCCAGAGUGGAAGAGAGCCGAGUCAGUCCAUGUAAUCAGUCGACGCUGAGAAGCGAGAAAUUUUGGCAAGGCGGAGCUAGAUUGGAAUAAGGUAUGAGUUUCACCGUAAUUCUUCCGAUGUGAAUAUAUGUUUUCUGUUUGCUUCCCGGGAAAAUGAUGGGCGAAACUGAAAUGGGUAAUUCGAGUUUUGUAUGUUGAUUUAUGGCGAGCAAGUUUUUGGGCUCGUACACGAUGAUCUUAGAUCUCGCUGUCGAUCAAUUGGAUUUUCGAGCGGGGCAGAGUGUUGUUGAUUCUCCGCCGAGUUAUUACCUGCGGCGAUUUGUUGGAAUCUGCUGAGACCAUGAUUGUUGGUGUUGCCAGAGAUCUGCUUUGAUAUUUCGAGAACAUUUUUUUGUCUGUAAUUGAUGUUUUUUCCGGAUGGAAUUUGAAGGCAAGACAUGGCGGCAGGAGCUGGAAGUUCGAUGCUUUACUCGCUUCUUCUGUUCUUGGUCAUUCUUUCACUUCAAGAGAUGUACCGCGGGAAGCUGGCGUCUACUGAGUUGUUCACCAUUCUGGGAGGAUUCACUAGCUCUCUCCUUUUCCUUAUGCUCUUAACUUUCAUUGGUAAUUUCCAGGAAUCAAAUGGCAUGAAGACCGGGUGGGGUGCUGUUGUAUUGGCUGAAGUCGUUGCUCUGAUUGCUGCUGGAACUGUCCAUCGGGUUUGCAUAACAACUUGUUUCUUGUUCUCGGCUGGGUUACUUUAUGAGGUCAACAAGCUUUCCGGGAUCGCUCAAUCUAAAGUUGAAUCCAAAACAAGGAGGCAUUGAUGUCAUACCUCUCUUGGCAGCUUAUUUAUAAACCGAACAGGGAAUGUGAGGUUGCACCAUUUCGAUAUCCUUUCCGAAGCAGCACAAGAGAUGCAUUCAUUGGCGUGCAGACUCCCGGCUAAAGGCCAUCUAAUAGGGUAACUAGAAGAUGUUAGCAGUAUUCGAGCUUUCCUGUUGCUUUGCUCGAAUAGAGAGAACUUGGACUGGCAUCAUAAUUUCCGCCAAAAUUCUAGACAGUGAAAGAUUAUGUGAGCAAGUUGCUUCAAGAAUGAAGAUGCAACGAUGCCUCAAUGAGUGAUGCUACAGAGGGAUAAAAUAUAUUGGUUUCGUCGCUCGUUGUGUUUCAGUGAGUGCGGCAGUGCAUAUUUGAACA